AAUAUUUUCUACCCACCGAGACACUCUCUCUCUCUCUUGAUCCACUCAGCCAUUUAUUCAGCGCUGUUCUCUUCUUCCCAAAUGAAACUUCAAUCUAUUCAGGUACUCUGUAUGAUUUCUCACCUUAAAUUUCUUGUGUUUGGGAAAAAGGGUUUCUGAUUUUGAGCUCUGCUUUUGGGUGCUUUCAUGAUUCUCUGAUUAGGUAAUUGCGGAUUUUUAUCGAGCAAGGGUCAAAACAAGUCUGAAUUAUGGCUGAAAUAGUAAAUGCAUCGACUAAAGUUGAUACAGAAGAAGAUAUAUACACUAAAGAUGGCACAGUUGAUUACAAGAACAAACCUGCUAACAGGAAGAAGACAGGAACCUGGAAAGCCUGCCCUUUUAUUCUUGGAAAUGAAUGUUGUGAAAGAUUGGCAUACUAUGGAAUGAGCAUGAAUCUAUUGCUUUAUUUCAAGAACGAGCUUCAUCAGCAUAGCGCGACCGCCUCCAAAAACCUCUCGAAUUGGUCUGGAACAUGUUACGUGACGCCAUUGCUCGGGGCGUUUCUAGCUGAUGCUUACCUCGGCAGAUAUUGGACCAUUGCCAUCUUCUCCAUCAUCUAUGUUUUGGGAAUGACGUUAUUGACAAUAUCAGCAUCGGUCUCGGGUCUAAAGCCGACUUGUGUAUCGAAAGACAAUUGCCAUGCUAACGGAACAGAUGUCGCAUUAACGUUUUUGGCACUCUAUCUAGUGGCCCUCGGAACCGGAGGGAUCAAGCCCUGUGUCUCGUCCUAUGGGGCCGACCAAUUCGAUGAUGCCGAUGAGGUUGAGAAGAAACACAAGAGUUCUUUCUUCAAUUGGUUCUAUUUCUCGAUCAAUAUUGGUGCAUUAGUUGCUUCAUCUCUUCUUGUUUGGAUCCAAGAUAAUGUGGGUUGGGGUUGGGGGUUCGGGGUCCCAGCCGUUGCCAUGGCGAUUGCAGUUGCUUCCUUCUUCUCGGGAACUCGACUGUAUAGGAAUCAAAAACCAGGUGGAAGCCCGCUGACCCGCAUCUGCCAGGUGGUUGUGGCGUGGUGGAGGAAACGCAGGGUUCAUGUGCCCGAGGAUAAGUCCCUUUUGUAUGAGACCACGGAUGCCAAGUCGAAUAUUGUCGGAAGCCGCAAACUUGAUCAUACCAAAGAUUUUAGUUUCCUGGAUAAAGCAGCGAUGGAGUUACAAUCCGAUCACGCUAAGGAAUCCGUCAAUCCAUGGCGGCUUUGCACCGUGACCCAAGUCGAGGAACUUAAAUCCGUCAUCAAACUGCUUCCGAUAUGGGCCACAGGUAUCAUAUUCAGUUGUGUUUACGGUCAAAUGAGCAAUCUAUUUGUGCUGCAAGGUUCGUACAUGGACAUCACGAUCAACAAGUUCGAGAUCCCACCGGCAUCGCUUAGCAUCUUUGAUACCCUUAGCGUAAUCUUCUGGGUCCCGGUCUACGACCGUAUCCUCGUACCGUUUGCCCGGAAAUACACUGGCCACAAAUCAGGUCUCACCCAGCUCCAACGGAUGGGAACGGGAUUGCUAAUCUCGAUCUUUUCAAUGCUAGCAGCCGGGAUUCUAGAAGUAGUCAGGCUCGGAAUCGUCAGAAGACACAAUUACUACGAUCACGAGCACACGCCGAUGUCGAUUUUCUGGCAGGUUCCACAGUAUUUCUUGAUCGGUUUGGCGGAGGUUUUUACAUUCGUCGGGCAGUUAGAUUUCUUCUAUGAUCAAGCUCCGGAUUCAAUGAGAAGUUUGUGUUCGGCUUUAUCGCUCACAACCGUGGCUUUAGGAAACUAUUUGAGUUCUUUGCUGGUGACGAUUGUAAUGGCGCUUAGUACUCGAGGCGGGAAACCGGGUUGGAUACCGGAUAACUUGAAUCGCGGGCAAUUGCAGAACUUCUUCUGGCUAUUGAGCAUCCUCAGCGUGUUAAAUCUUGGAGCUUAUCUUCUUGUGGCUAAAUGGUACACUUAUAAGCGGGUGGUCGGGACUCUUCGUUAGCAGGUACAAAGGUCGAUAUAGACACUGAUUCAACAGUACCCGUAUCCACAGGUUAAGGGUUCAAACGUCACUAGACGUAAAUAAAUAAUCUAUGCUUAAAAAACGUGGAUAUAGAAUUCGUUCGUGAAUUUUGUGUUUGUGUCGAUUGUCUUUGUGAUGGUAGGCAAACGAUCGUGUGAAAAGAAGAGUUAAAGUGAGAAGUGUAAGAAGGGAUUUAGACUAUUGAUCACCUUUAAUCUCAAACUCACCCAUGAAUCGCGCUUGAUAUGGAGAUUAAUCCGGUGCAUCUCAUCCUAAUGUGUAUUCAAGGAUGUAGAUCCUUUUUUACGCUUCUCAUGUUAACUCUCGUACUUACCAGCACCUAACCUUGCAAUGGUAUACAACAAUCACGGGGUGUUUGGUUGGAUUCCCUUGUUUUGUUUGAAGGAUUGUUUGGAUUUGAAAAUCUCAACAAACAUGAGAUCUAAAAAUCGUAUGGGGUUGGUAUUUUAUGGGAUUUAAUAGGAUUUGUAUGUAAUAAUGUUUUAAAAUAUGUUGAAAACAUUUGUUUUGUAAUAAAUUUAAGGUAACUAAAUUUAG